UAAUCAUUCAGGCAUUCAAGUGUCUUGACAAGAAGUGCUGUUGUAUUCACAUCCUGAAGAACAAAAGAGAAGCAGCAGACUGAAAGAAAUGCUGACUUCAAAUGCAGAACCAAUUGAGAUGACAGGAGUUCAGGGUUACCCUCCUGAUAAUUACUCAAACUUCCUGGACUCAGAGUUUCGUUAUGUCCUCUUUCCGCCGGUCUACGGCCUCAUCUUUAUCUUCGGCCUCUUGGCAAACGUCUACGUGCUGGUUGUCAUCCGGUGCCUCAGAGAAGCCAGGGCCAUGGGGGAAAUCCGGAUCUACAUGACCAACCUGACCAUUGCUGACCUCCUGUUCGUGUGCGCCCUUCCAUUUUGGAUAGACUACUACAGCAGGCGUGGGGACUGGAUUUACUCCGACGCCUUGUGCCGAAUGACCGGAUCUUUUUUCUUCAUCAACACCUACUGCUCCAUCCUCUUCCUCGGAGCCAUCAGUGUCAACCGGUACUGGGCGGUCACCAGUCCUCUGGAUGCGGCGUCUUCAGAUCACAGGCGUCGUGGGAUCAUCGUAUGUGUCGUCAUCUGGUUGUUGACCGUUUCCAUGUCUAUACCAUUUCUAGCAUCACCGGGUAUUAACGUCAGCUUGGAUAACAAAACUCGCUGUUUUGAAGGAUACCAGAACGAGAACGAUUCUGACAAGAGAACUGUGGCUGCCACUCAUUUUGCAAUAAUUGGGAUGUUUUUUAUCAUCUUUUUUCUCGUUGUGGUGUGCAAUAUGCUUAUCGCUCGAACCUUAUUGUCACAGCCUCCUCCUCAGUCAGGUUUAAGGUCUGCGACGAUGAUUUCCAGAAAGUCCAACACGACUUUGUCCCCGUCGAAAAAGCCCAAAGGGGUGAAACGCAGGGCGCUGCAGAUGUUGCUGGCAGUGGUGGGAGUGUUUGUUUUGUGUUUCUUGCCUCACCAUCUCGUUCAAGGCCUCUGGACACUGGCAGUUCUGCAAAUCAAAGAGGGAUGGGGGCAUGUGGACUGGUCCCAAAAGACUCUUCAGGCACUCAAUGAUGCUCAUCAAAUCACUUUAGUUCUAAUGGGCCUCAACUGCAUUUUGGAUCCUGUAGUUUAUUUUUUUGCCACAAGGAAGUUUCGAAGGUUUAUAAUGGCCCAUUUGAAGAAACUAUCAAAGGGAGAAGGCUGCUCACAGACAGCCACCUCACAGCUUUCAAUGGACAGCAAGAAAUUCCAGAGCGAACCCCCUGAACAGGAAUAAUUCUAUAUAAAUCUUGUAUAUAGAUGUAUAUAUUUGUACAAAAAUUUAUGUUUUUAUUAUUUGUGUAUGAAUGGCUUAAUCCUCUGUGUUGGCCUUUACAGAUGUAUGAUGUAUGUUGCACCUUUGACUCUGUAAAAUGAAUUAUUACAUGUGCAUGUUUUUGCCCAUCUGUCAAAACAAGACAUUUACACCAGCCUGUCACAGUCAAGGUUAUUAUUGUUAACAAAAACUAAUGAAAUGACGAAAACUAGAAUUGGAAAAACAUUUUCGUUAACUGAAAUAAAUAAAAACUAUAAUUAAAAGAAAAAACGAUUAACUAAAACUGUAUU